AUGCCCCAAGAGGACACAAAUUUGAUUUCCAAGGCCAUACAGUGGGCACUAACGCAAGACGUUGACAUCAUUUCGCUAUCUCUUGGACUUGAUCUCCGAGAUCCGGAGCUUGAUGCCGCCAUCAAUAAAGCUAUAGCAGCGGGUAAAAUUGUACUGGCAGCAGCGGGAAACGAUGGCAACAACAAGCCGCGGGCACACCCGGGCAGAAAUCGUAACGUGCUAUGCAUCCAUGCCUCGAACGGCAAGGGGAAGGAUGGAGGGAUAUCACCGAGAGCAUUGGACAAUGAUGACAACUUCAUGACUUUGGGGACCGCUAUCCCCCUUAGUUGGAAAGGCAAAGAAGUGGUCAAGUCCGGGACGUCUUUCGCAACGGCAGUGGCCGCGGCGAUUGCGGCUGAUGCACUCGCGAUUAUCUCACGGGACGGUUUGCUAAAUGAGGACCAGCUGAAACGUCUUUAUUCCUGUGAUGGGAUGCGAUUAAUAUUUGCGCUCCUUAGCAGUCAGUCAGACAAUGGAUAUAAAUACGUUGCACCUUGGAAUUUGUGGGUUAGGGACCGGUCAAGCGAGUUAAUUCAGCACCAGAUUUUGGAGGUCCUGAGGCGUUAA